CCAAACUUGAAUUGCAACCUCACUUCAAAGGAGCUUGACUUGCCUUUGCAUCUUGUAACUAACUGGACCACAGAUCUGAUGAAAAUAUUGUUUUACACUUGGGUUUCUGCCUCCUCUAACAAACAAAGAUGGCUGGAGCUCUGAAUUUCCUUCUUACUGGCUGUCUGCUCCAAGGUGCCCUGUGUCAGGUUUUUGAGGUCAUUGCUCCAAAAUCUAUAGAGGCUCUGAGUGGAUCCUGUGUGACCAUCCCCUGCUCCUUUAACAUUGAGAAAAAAUAUAAAAAAUACUUAGAUAACACAUGCAGAGCAAUAUGGAUUUCCGGGAGCGUUGUGUUUGAUAGUGCAGACCAAACUAGAAACAUAGAAUUGACAGGAAUACUGAAAGACAAAGACUGCACCACAACCCUGAAUAACAUAGUUUCUGAAACCAGCAAGGAAUAUUGGUUCAGGCUGGAAUGUGAAAAAGUCCAAUAUAGUUUUAGCAAGGCUACAGACAUGGUGAAUAUAUUGUUCACAGCUGAUCCUCCCUCACCGACUCUGACUCCAUCCAAACUGGCUGUGAAGGAGGGAACCACAGUGAGUUUGAAGUGCUCUGCUCCAGCUCCUUGUCUGUCUCAUCCUCCAAAUCUGACAUGGACACCCGGCCUGGGUGACAGUCAGGAGACACUGCAAGAGACAUGGGACAAAACUAAAGUCAAGACUUCUGUUCUGAACUUCACUGCUUCUCACCUCCAUCAUGGAAAGACCAUCUCUUGUACUGCCACCUACAACAGACAAGAUGGCAGCACUGUGUCAUCUGUUAGCAGAAGUUUAACCCUUAAUAUUUCAUUUACUCCACAGAUCUUGUCAACCUCUGUCUGCACCAAAACCGCAGCCCCACUCAACUGUUCCUGUGAGACCAAGGGAAACCCUCCUCCCAUUCUACAGUGGCACUCGGAUGAGUUAUCCCUUAAUCACUUAGACAAUUUUGCACUCAACAAAGAGCACAUGAAUGACACAGGUCUGAGGAGCUUCAUCACUGUGAGUCUACCACAGGAGAGGGGUUUUUUCACCUUGCUGUGCCGCAGCUCCAACUCUUUGGGAUCUGUUACUCAGCGGUUUUAUGUCAGCAAUCUUGGGUGUCUAAACUCUGCAGAAGUAUCAGCUUUUGUACUUAACAUCCAUCUGAGAUGUAUACACCAAUCAGCCACAACAGCAACACCACUGACAGAGUGUUCAGGUGAAAAGAUGUUGCCAGUUUUCAUCAUCACAGUUGUUGUUCUGACGGCAGCUCUAGUAUGUGCUCUUCUGUUUGCCACGAGGGGUCAGAUAACUGGCUGCUGUAACCCUAAAAACAAUCAUUGCACAGGUGACACCAGCACAGGCCAUGGCCUGACAAGUGAAAAUGGAAAUGAGGUGUCUCUGACAUCAGAAGAAGAUAUUUAUGUCAACACAAAUAUGAUGAGAAAGUUGGAUAAACCAAACACUCAUCUAGGACAUCAACAGGCUGCCAGGUCAGAGAAGAAUGAAGAAGGCAGUGAUGUGACUUACACCAGUGUGAUUUGGAAGGGCAAGAAGAAGAAGGGGGCCAGAGAACAAUUUGAGGACAGGAAUCCAGCUAGUGGCUCCUAUCUGGAGGAGGAGAGGUGCAUGACGCGAGGCAUGUGCAGAACUUUUGUGAGCAAUACGCUGGAGAUGGGGAGUCUAUAUGACAACGUUGUGACUUCAAAAGAAGGAAGGAAGGCAGCGUGUUCUGAAUAUACCCAGGUUAACAUUAGAGACAAAAACAUUAUGGUCAAAUAGCUCUUGUUCUGUUUAAUUUUCAGUUUCAGAUUAUUUUUGUGUUAUGGUGGUAUUUUUUCAGUGUGAACUGUAAACUACUGCCUUAGAAAUUUCUAUAGAAUUUAAUUAACACUUCUCUGACAGUCUCUCAAAAAUGACCAGACCACAGGAGCUGUAAAAUGAAGCGGAAAUGUUAAUAUCUGUCUCAUAACAGUGUGAUACUGAAUUUCUUAGUUGUAAUGUCUAAGUGUUCUGAUAAGUGUAUUUCUACAGUUGCUUUUCAGGAAAAGUUGAAAUCAAGAUUCCAAAUUUCUUUGCAAGUUUAAAGAGUUAAAAUUUAAGAUGAUAUUGCAUUUGCAAUUAUGUGUAACUUUUAGUGAGAACUGUGACUAAUUGUGAUUUAAUAUAUAAUACAUAUUCCCAUAUCCAA